GGGAGCGGCCAGCGGGUCCUCCCCUCUCGCCGCCCGCCGGCCUCGCCAGCCACCCAGGACCCGCUUCUCGCACCUCCAGCCCCCGCCCGGGGCGGCUUCCCACCCCGCCCUCGUCCGUCCUCCCGGGAGCGGGCAGAGAUCCAGCAUUCUGGAAUGUGAGCCGCUGUCCCCCGAGGAAACGGAGCCGGCAAACUCUGUCCAUUGCACGUCCAGCGCCCAGCCCGCGCCCCCGCGCCCCGCAGCCCGCAAGGUGUUUUCUCGGGAGUCCUGGGAGAGAGGUGAUGGGCGGGACUGCCUUUGGCCUACACCAUGCAGCCUGAGCCUGUUGCCGCCCUGCCCUGGGCCUUGCUCUGCCUGAGCUCUCAGUUCCUGGUUGCUGCCCUCCCGGAGGGUCCCUGCUACUAGGAGGUGGAACUUCAGGACUGGUCCUUGGCCUGUCAUAUCGCUACCUUUCACCUGGCUCACCACGCGACUUCCCCCUCCUCCGUCACGGAAGGGCCAGCCCCAGCUCUCUGCCUGGCCUCCCUGGCUGGGGCGUGUGGGGGCCCCUUGGGUGGAGAGCUUUGCUGAAGGCUUCCUCCGACACGUGCACCUUCUCAUCCUUGAAUCAAGGCCUCCGGAUCCACAUGGAUAGCUGAGAUCUUUUCUUGGAGAAAGACACUUUCCUCUUCAUUCCAGGCUGUCCUUCCCUCCACCCAACUUCCUUCCUUUUGGCUGUCUUUGUCCCCUGCCUCUUCCUACGGUUGCUGAAUUCCUAGCUCACAUACUCUCUUCCUGCCUCUCCAUCUCAGUAUCUGUGUGUGACUCCUCCCUCUGUAUUCCCUCCUCUGACUCUUUUUCCUCUCACCCUUCCAUUGCCAAAGGGGCAACCCCCUACGGACUCUCCCCUGGCCUGUCCUCUCCCUGGGCUGUAUCCCAGCAGUCACCAUGAGCUUCACCUUCCACUCAGUUUUCUUCACCUUGAAGGUGAGCGUCCUGCUGGGGUCCCUGCUGGGACUCUGCCUGGGCCUCGAGUUCAUGGGCCUCCCCAACCAGUGGGCUCGUUACCUCCGUUGGGAUGCCAGCACUCGCGGUGACCUGAGCUUCCAGUUCAAGACCAACGUCUCCACAGGGCUGCUCCUGUACUUGGAUGACGGCGGAGUCUGCGACUUCCUUUGCCUCUCCCUGGUGGACGGUCGAGUCCAGCUCCGCUUCAGCAUGGACUGUGCAGAGACCACCGUGUUGUCCCAUAAGCGGGUGAACGACAGCAGCUGGCACUUCCUCAUGGUGAGCCGUGACCGCCUGCGCACGGGGCUGGUGCUCGAUGGUGAGGGACAGUCGGGGGAGCUGCAGCCCCAGCAGCCCUACAUGGAUGUGGUCAGCGACCUGUUCCUCGGCGGAGUCCCUGCUGACAUCCGCGCGACCGCCCUCACCCUGGAUGGAGUACAGGCGAUGCCCGGCUUCCAGGGAUUUAUCUUGGACCUGAAGUAUGGCAACACAGAGCCCCGGCUUCUGGGGAGCCAGGGUGUCCAGCUGGAUGCCGAGGGGCCCUGUGAUGAGCGGCCCUGUGAGAACGGUGGAAUCUGCUUUCUCCUGGAUGGCCACCCCACCUGUGAUUGCUCGACCACUGGCUACGGUGGCAAGCUCUGCUCAGAAGAUGUCAGUCAAGGUCCAGGCCUCUCUCACCUCAUGAUGAGCGAACAAGGUAGAAGUAAAGCUCGAGAGGAGAACGUGGCCACUUUCCGGGGCUCCGAGUACCUGUGCUAUGACCUGUCUCAGAACCCGAUCCAGAGCAGCAGCGAUGAGAUCACUCUCUCCUUUAAGACCUGGCAGCGUAAUGGGCUCAUCCUGCACACUGGCAAGUCGGCUGACUAUGUCAACCUGGCUCUGAAGGAUGGCGCAGUGUCCUUGGUCAUUAAUCUGGGGUCCGGGGCCUUUGAGGCCAUUGUGGAGCCCGUGAAUGGCAAGUUCAACGACAACGCCUGGCAUGAUGUCAAAGUGACACGCAACCUCCGGCAGCACUCAGGCAUUGGACACGCUAUGGUGACAAUCUCUGUGGAUGGCAUUCUUACCACGACGGGCUACACUCAGGAAGACUACACCAUGCUGGGCUCAGAUGAUUUCUUCUACGUGGGAGGAAGCCCAAGCACUGCUGACCUACCAGGCUCACCUGUCAGCAACAACUUCAUGGGCUGCCUUAAAGAGGUUGUUUAUAAGAAUAAUGACAUCCGUCUGGAGCUGUCUCGCCUGGCUCGGAUUGGGGACACCAAGAUGAAAAUCUAUGGUGAAGUUGUAUUCAAAUGUGAGAAUGUGGCCACCCUGGACCCGAUCAACUUUGAGACCCCGGAGGCUUACAUCAGUUUGCCCAAGUGGAACACCAAGCGCAUGGGCUCCAUCUCCUUCGACUUCCGCACCACCGAGCCCAACGGCUUGAUCCUCUUCACUCAUGGCAAGCCCCAAGAGAGGAAGGAUGCUCGGAGCCAGAAGAACACCAAAGUGGAUUUCUUUGCAGUGGAACUUCUGGAUGGCAACCUGUACUUGCUGCUUGACAUGGGCUCGGGCACCAUCAAGGUGAAAGCCACUCAGAAGAAGGCCAACGACGGGGAAUGGUACCAUGUGGACAUCCAACGAGAUGGCCGAUCAGGUACCAUAUCAGUGAACAGCAGGCGCACACCUUUCACCGCCAGUGGGGAGAGUGAGAUCCUGGAUCUGGAGGGCGACAUGUACCUGGGCGGGCUCCCGGAGAACCGCGCCGGCCUCAUCCUCCCCACUGAGCUCUGGACCGCCAUGCUGAACUACGGCUACGUGGGCUGCAUCCGCGACCUGUUCAUCGAUGGGCGUAGCAAGAACAUCCGUCAGCUGGCGGAGAUGCAGAAUGCCGCGGGCGUCAAGUCCUCUUGCUCCCGGAUGAGCGCCAAGCAGUGUGACAGCUACCCCUGUAAGAACAACGCAGUGUGCAAGGAUGGCUGGAACCGCUUCAUCUGUGACUGCACGGGCACUGGCUACUGGGGACGGACCUGCGAGAGGGAGGCGUCCAUCUUGAGCUAUGAUGGCAGCAUGUACAUGAAGGUCAUCAUGCCCAUGGUCAUGCACACCGAGGCCGAAGAUGUAUCUUUCCGCUUCAUGUCCCAGCGGGCUUACGGGCUGCUGGUGGCCACGACGUCCAGGGACUCGGCUGACACCCUGCGCCUGGAGCUGGAUGGGGGCCGUGUCAAGCUCAUGGUGAACUUAGACUGUAUCAGGAUAAACUGUAACUCCAGCAAAGGACCCGAGACCCUGUAUGCAGGGCAGAAGGUCAAUGACAACGAGUGGCACACCGUCCGGGUGGUGCGGAGAGGGAAGAGCCUUAAGUUAACCGUGGACGACGAUGUAGCUGAGGGUACGAUGGUAGGUGACCAUACCCGCUUGGAGUUCCACAAUAUCGAAACUGGCAUCAUGACCGAGAAGCGCUACAUCUCUGCUGUCCCCUCCAGUUUCAUUGGUCACCUGCAGAGCCUCAUGUUCAACGGUCUGCUCUACAUUGACCUGUGCAAAAAUGGCGACAUUGAUUAUUGUGAGCUCAAGGCUCGUUUCGGACUGAGAAACAUCAUCGCUGACCCCGUCACCUUCAAGACAAAGAGCAGUUACCUGAGCCUGGCUACCCUUCAGGCCUACACUUCCAUGCACCUCUUCUUCCAGUUCAAGACCACGUCCGCGGAUGGCUUCAUUCUCUUCAACAGUGGUGACGGCAACGACUUCAUUGCCGUUGAGCUGGUCAAGGGGUACAUACACUACGUGUUUGAUCUCGGAAAUGGCCCCAAUGUGAUCAAGGGCAACAGUGACCGGCCCCUGAAUGACAACCAGUGGCACAACGUCGUCAUCACCCGCGACAACAGUAACACCCACAGCCUCAAAGUGGACACCAAGGUGGUCACUCAGGUUAUCAAUGGUGCCAAAAAUCUGGAUUUGAAAGGCGAUCUCUACAUGGCUGGCCUGGCGCAAGGCAUGUACAGCAAUCUUCCAAAGCUUGUGGCCUCCCGCGAUGGCUUUCAAGGCUGUCUGGCAUCCGUGGACUUGAACGGGCGCCUGCCAGACCUCAUCAAUGAUGCCCUUCACCGGAGUGGACAGAUCGAGCGUGGUUGUGAAGUUGCAUUGACCAAAGCUGACCUGCAAGGACCCAGUACCACCUGCCAGGAAGAUUCAUGUGCCAACCAGGGAGUCUGCAUGCAGCAAUGGGAAGGCUUCACUUGUGAUUGUUCCAUGACCUCGUAUUCUGGGAACCAGUGCAAUGAUCCUGGCGCUACAUACAUCUUUGGAAAAAGUGGGGGCCUCAUCCUCUACACCUGGCCGGCCAAUGACAGGCCCAGCACACGCUCAGACCGCCUGGCCGUGGGCUUCAGCACCACCGUGAAGGACGGCAUCUUGGUGCGCAUCGACAGUGCCCCGGGCCUCGGAGACUUCCUCCAGCUUCACAUAGAGCACGGGAAAAUUGGAGUCGUCUUCAAUAUCGGCACUGUUGACAUCUCCAUCAAAGAGGAGCGGACCCCGGUAAAUGAUGGCAAAUACCACGUGGUACGCUUCACCAGGAAUGGCGGCAAUGCCACGCUUCAGGUGGACAACUGGCCAGUGAACGAGCAUUAUCCCACAGGCAACACUGAUAAUGAGCGCUUCCAAAUGGUAAAACAGAAAAUCCCCUUCAAAUAUAACCGGCCCGUAGAAGAGUGGCUGCAGGAAAAAGGCCGGCAGUUAACCAUCUUCAACACCCAGGCGCAAAUAGCCAUUGGUGGAAAGGAUAAAGGACGUCUCUUCCAAGGCCAACUUUCUGGGCUCUAUUAUGAUGGUUUGAAAGUACUGAACAUGGCAGCUGAGAAUAACCCCAAUAUUAGAAUCAAUGGAAGUGUCCGACUUGUGGGAGAAGUCCCAUCUAUCUUGGGAACAACACAGACCACUUCCAUGCCACCAGAAAUGUCUACCACUUUAAUGGAAACCACCACAACAAUGGCGACUACUACCACCCGCAAGAACCGCUCUACAGCCAGCAUUCAGCCAACAUCAGAUGACCUUGUGUCAUCAGCUGAAUGUUCUAGCGAUGAUGAAGACUUCGUUGAAUGUGAACCGAGUACAGGAGGUGAAUUAGUUGUCCCUCUUCUUGUAGAAGACCCUUUAGCUACCCCUCCUAUUGCUACUCGUGCACCUUCCAUUACACUCCCCACUACCUUUCGCCCCCUCCUCACCAUUAUUGAGACCACCAAAGAUUCCCUGUCCAUGACCUCUGAGGCGGGGUUACCUUGCUUGUCGGACCAAGGCAGCGAUGGUUGUGAUGAUGAUGGCUUGGUGAUAUCUGGGUAUGGCUCAGGGGAAACCUUUGACUCUAACCUGCCCCCUACCGAUGAUGAAGAUUUUUACACCACCUUCUCCUUGGUAACAGAUAAGAGUCUUUCCACUUCAAUCUUCGAAGGUGGCUACAAAGCACAUGCGCCCAAGUGGGAAUCCAAGGACUUUAGACCUCACAAAGUCUCCGAAACUAGUAGGACUACUACCACAUCUUUGUCCCCUGAGCUGAUCCGCUUCACAGCUUCCUCCUCGUCUGGGAUGGUGCCCAAAUUGCCAGCUGGCAAAAUGAAUAACCGUGAUCUCAAACCCCAGCCUGAUAUAGUCUUGCUUCCGUUGCCCACUGCCUAUGAGCUAGACAGCACCAAACUGAAGAGCCCACUAAUCACUUCCCCCAUGUUCCGUAAUGUGCCCACAGCAAACCCCACGGAGCCGGGAAUCAGACGGGUCCCGGGGGCCUCAGAGGUGAUCCGGGAGUCGAGCAGUACAACAGGGAUGGUCGUCGGCAUUGUGGCUGCUGCCGCCCUCUGCAUCUUGAUCCUCCUGUACGCCAUGUACAAGUACAGGAACAGGGACGAGGGGUCCUAUCAAGUGGACGAGACGCGGAACUACAUCAGCAACUCGGCCCAGAGCAACGGCACGCUGCUCAAGGAGAAGCAACAGAGCUCGAAGGGCGGCCACAAGAAGCAGAAGAACAAGGACAAAGAGUAUUACGUGUAAAGAUAAUCCCACUGCUACUAAAUGAAUUGCAACAAACAAACACAACACACCAGAAUGAUUUAUAUAUCGAUCUAGAAGUAACUUUGAAAAGGAGAGUUGACAGAUGUCACAAACUGUUGUCACGAUGAGAUGGGGUAUGCCAUGCCCAAGGUGGGAAAAAGAAACAAGCUCAAAAUCCAUUGUGGAAAGGACACACACAACCGUGUGUCUCCCUUUCAAAGGCAGCCCCGGCUGCUGUGUGUCAGUCACCGUUCGGAGACAGAAAGCCCUUUCUGCCCUGCUGUAUCAUAAAGCACACACUUAGCGAGCCCGAGCGAAUGGCUCGGACGCUUUAGCGGACUGGAAGCUUCCUUCUGUUGACCUUUCUGCAAAAGGUAGAAGACUCCAUGGCUUACUUGUUCCAUAACUCCAAGUGAGUCUGUAAUAAUGUUGUGAAGCUUGACUGUAACAAUGUUAUGUUUUGGGUUUGUUUUUGUUUUGUUUUGGUUUUUUAGUUUAAUUAUGUAAAAACGUAAAAAGAGGGGAAAAAUGAUAAAAAAAAAAAAAAAAAAGCAAAACAAUCAAAAUCCCCUUAUCUGGUUCUGACCAGUGUAUGUAACUUUUCAAGAUCUAAGGGGAUAAUGGCUUUUGGGUUUUUUGCUUAUUUUUUGAGAAUGACUGGAUAUAAGAAGAAGGGGAAAAACCCCUCAAAAGUGAGAGAGACUCUCGCCAUAUAUGAACUCAAAGCUACCAUGGUGUUCACUCUACAUAUCAGGUUGUGGCGUCUCUAGAAUCUGCUGUUUGUUUCCUGCAGGAUGCUUUACUUAACACAGAGCAAACUCAUGUGACGGAUGACAAUACCGAUUUGAAAGCGUGGUCCCCACAAUCGAAUACUCGAAUUUGCUGCCCAAACCCUGCACACAUGGGUCCAGAGAUGGCCUUUAUAAAAGCCAUUGGCUUUAUUGAACACGAUUGUUUCUGUUCAUUGGCCUAACCAAAUUGUGGUCGAGGGGAGGGCCCCAUCAACUAAGAGAGAGUCUUUCCUAACAAAUUGUGGGAGAAGGGGGGCAGGCUGGAUCUCUGACUGUUGGAAGUGCAUGCAAAUAUAAAAGACAACAAUAAAAGUUUACCAACUAGUCAAACCAGACAGGGGUUCAACUUGUGAUGGAGCCACAAGAGGUCACGCAAGCCAAACACAUCACGAUGGAGUGCAAAAUACAUAGUUCUGCCCUCACCCCCAACAUGACAAUGUUUUACAUCGUAUUUUUAUUCUGUAGCCUGACACCAAUGGAUAGUGCUAUCCUUCCAUUUGCUCACUUCUCCCUUCACCCAUCAUUAAAAAAAAAAAAAAAAACUAACAAAAAAAUGAAAUAAAUGAAUAAAGCUGCUGUGACACACAAAAAGGAAUUUAAUAGUAUAAUAUAUAUAUAAAUAAAUAUAUAUACAGAUAUAUUUAUCAUGGUAUGUUUGAUGGGAUGGCUGAAACAGGAAAGCUGUUGAAGUCAUGAAGCAGAAUGAGAAUGUUGUUUUAAAGGAAAAUAACAAAACAACAGAAAAGCAGACCUUAAAAUGUGAAGAAAGCGUGAGUUUUAGUUUUGUCACAGUUAACUGUGUCAAAGAGGAAAAAAAAUCUCAGAUUUUGUUUACAUAUUUUACUACAUUUUUGCUGGUAUAAUUCCUUAGCCACCUAUGUACAUACUGCUUUGAAAACUGUUAUUUCUCUUUGUUUAUUUCAGUUUGUUGGAUUUAUAUUCCAAUUGUCUUUAUUUUUGAAAAGAGGAAACAAUGUACAGAAAAAAAAGAAACUGGUUGUGUGGCCAUAGCUAUCCAAAAAGCAAGAGAAAAAACCAGACAAAUAUUCACACAAAAAUGGAGUCAUCCUCCAGUGGGUCAGACAUAUACUAUUUGUUUUGUACAGAUGAAAAUCAAUCAGCUGUUUAGAUUUAGAAAUCUACUCUUGCUGGUCUUUGUAAGUUGCAUGAAUAUUUGACUUUGAAAAAUUAUCUUAAAGACAUGGGGCAAAAAGCGCAAUUUCAACAAUGGUAGCAUUUUCUAAUGUGUAUGGAAAGAGGUGUUCCUCAUUAUCUGAUAUUGCAAUAUGUUAAGAGGUUUUUAAAUUAUUUUUUCUGUUGUUAUUCAAAAAGACAGGAUUAUAAAGAGAUGUCAAGCACGAUCUUAGAUAAUAUAAAUGGCCCAACCUCUAUGAAGUUGAUUAUAUCUCGAUGUCUGUAAAAGAUUGCUGUUUUUGGAGUCUUGAGGUCUUGUGAACGGAUUUCCUGCCCACUUUCUUUACAAGUAUUCUUUUCCUUUUUAAUUUGAGUAAAAAUAUAUUUGUUAUAUUCCUUUUAGCGUAAGUUUCUAUUUGGACAAUUUUAUGGGAACAUGUGCAUUCUGUAUGUGAGCUUCUAUCAUAUUCCUGUUGUUUUAUGAGCAGACCCUUAAGGAAUUUAUUUUAUGAUGUUGUGACGUUACUGCUUUUUCUUUUUCCUUUUCCCUUUUAUUUCAUAUUUGCAUUUUCGUUCAAGGAUAUGCUUAGCAAUAAAAUGUUCUUCCCAAAA